UAAACAUACGGACAACCGUACUUCUAUGAGACUACCAGGGCACUCAAGUAAUGACAUCAUUUGACUAAAUAGUGUGUUUCGUCAUCAUUCUGCGACUGAGGUGGUGAAAUCAGCUACUGCCAGGGAGAGAAAAAAAUGGCUCCAUCACCGACAAAGCGGAAGGAUCGUUCCGAGGACAAGGCCAAGGAUCGGGGGAAAGAGAAGACUGGCACCAAAGAGGGGCCGGAGAAGGAGAGAGGCAGAGAGAAAGGCCGUAAGCGGCGCAGUGCCUCCGCUGGUACGAGCAGCAGUAGGUCCCGCUCCAGCUCCACCUCCAGCACCAGCUCCGGCUCCAGCUCGGGCUCCUCCAGUGGCUCCAGCUCCUCUUCCGCCUCCAGCCAUUCUGGCUCCUCCAGCUCCUCCCGCUCUUCCAGCUCCUCCAGCUCCUCUCGGUCGCCCAGCGUCAACCGCCGUCGCCACGACAACCGCCGCCGUUCCCGUUCCAAGUCCAAGUCGCUGAAGAGGGGAGAUGAGAAGGAGCGCAAGAGGAGGAGCCCGAGCCCGAGGCCCACCAAGAUCCACCUGGGCCGGCUCACAAGGAACGUUACCAAGGAUCACAUUCAGGAGAUUUUCGCCACCUAUGGGAAGAUCAAGAUGAUUGACAUGCCAGUGGAUAGGCUCCACCCACACCUCUCUAAGGGCCACGCCUAUGUAGAGUUUGAAACGGCGGACGAGGCAGAGAAGGCCCUCAAACACAUGGACGGGGGUCAGAUUGACGGGCAGGAGAUCACAGCCUCCGCUGUCCUCACCCCACGGAUACGUCCUGCCCCCCGCAGGCUCUCCCCCCCACGAAGGAUGCCCCCGCCCCCUCCUGUGUGGCGUCGUACCCCACCGCGCAUGAGGAGGAGGUCCCGGUCACCGCGGCGGCGCUCUCCGGUCAGGCGGCGUUCACGGUCCCGUUCCCCCGGUCGCCGCCGCCACCGGUCCCGGUCCAGCUCCAACUCGUCCCGGUAGACGGGGCGGUCCCGGUCCCCACUGAGCCCAGCGCUCCCUGCCACUCUCACAGCGCCCCAGUCCCUCCUUUUCCCGCCUCCCUCCUCCUUUAUCCUUUCAGCCCUCCCUCCUUCCUUUCUUUUGUCUUUGGCUCGCAUUCAAUUAAUAUUUGUCCUUGACUUUGACUUGCAUGUAAAAUGCAGGGAUUACUUUUCUUCACAAACUCAGUUCUGGCGAGGUAAACUCUGUUCAUGAAGGAAAAAAAAAUAAAAACCAUAUUGCUUUUAAUUGUUGGUCAAAAUUUAAGGGCAAAUGCUGAUUGAACCCCAGCCUUUGAGUGGUAGGGCUCUGUGGGUGGUGUGGAAGUUGUCAACCCCAGCAGAAGCAGUCUGUGGCUCUGUCUCAGCAUUUUUUUGAUCCUCUGCGGGUUGUUUUAAUCUUAUUUUUUUACCCCCCCCUCUUAUUAAUUUUACCUUGAUGCAUUUCUAACUUCACCUCUGAUCUCACCUCACAGUUUUCUGCUGUAGUGAAGGGAUAGUCCUGGAGGUUUUUUUAAAGUUAUUAUUUCACUUUUGGCGCAUGUUUUUUGAUCGGCCCAGAUGGUUUUUGUGUGUGAUACAGGAUAUGUGAGAUACAGAAUUUCUGCUGGCCUGUCUGCUUUACAGUGGCAGGUAUCAGGACCUUGAGGAGUUUGUGGUCUAAAGCAAGAAAGUACACUUCAGAAUACUCCAUGACGUUGCUAUACCCGCUUCUUUGGUGUUACUGGUUGUUUUCUUGCUUUAGACCAGGAAGCCCUGAACGUCCCUUUAGAGAUGGUCAUUAUGAAGCCGGCUGGUUGUCAGUAUCUAAAAUGUCCUUUAUUUCACACAAAUACUGUGGGCCAAUCAAAGACAUGCACUAAAACUGAAAUAUAAACUCCAGAAAGUGGACUGUCUCUAAGGGUCAGUAGUGGUGGCCCUCUGAACUGUUCCCUUCUGUUCCUGCCCCAUUUCCUUUCCUCCUCCAAUCAGGUUCUGUUUUAUUAAUGGAGGGUUUUCAUUGGUUGUGAAACCGUUUGUGUUUUUGUGCAUUGUACAUAUAGGUGUACCCCCCUCCGUGUGGAUAAAAUGUCAUUGCAUCGGUCUGCAAGGCAUCCAUGUCAUUUUUCCCCACAUACUGCUUUUUUAUUUUUAAUUUUGUUUGGAAAAUAAAGUAGGUAAAAUGUG